AUGGGGAAACAGAAUAGCAAACUGGCCCCUGAAGUGAUGGAGGACCUGGUAAAGAGCACAGAGUUUAAUGAGCAUGAGCUCAAGCAGUGGUACAAAGGAUUUCUCAAGGACUGUCCAAGUGGGAGGCUGAACCUCGAAGAAUUUCAGCAGCUCUAUGUGAAGUUCUUCCCAUAUGGUGAUGCCUCCAAGUUUGCCCAGCAUGCAUUCCGAACCUUUGACAAGAACGGGGACGGCACCAUCGACUUCCGAGAGUUCAUCUGUGCCCUGUCCAUCACCUCCAGGGGCAGCUUUGAGCAGAAGCUGAACUGGGCCUUCAACAUGUAUGACCUGGAUGGUGAUGGCAAGAUCACCCGAGUGGAAAUGCUGGAGAUCAUUGAGGCGAUCUACAAAAUGGUGGGCACUGUGAUCAUGAUGAAAAUGAAUGAGGACGGCCUUACACCCGAGCAGCGAGUAGACAAGAUUUUCAGCAAGAUGGAUAAGAACAAAGAUGACCAGAUUACACUGGAUGAAUUCAAAGAAGCUGCAAAAAGCGAUCCUUCCAUUGUAUUACUUCUGCAGUGUGACAUUCAGAAAUGA